AUAUAAAAGUUAAUUAAAGUUUGAUAGGAGAUACAGCGAAAGAGAGGAAAUGGAAGGGAAAAGAUUGUUUGUGAGGUUCCAAUUGUUAUUGGCAUUUGUUGUGAUACUUAGUUUUUACGUUGGAAAUGCAGAUGCUGCAACGGGGCUGCAGCCACCGGUGAAGCUUCGCUGGCAUUAUUACAGGAAAACAUGUCGUUAUGCAGAAGAGUAUGUCAGGCACCAAGUAGAGGUUUACUGGGGCAAGGAUAAUUCCCUCACAGCCAAGCUGAUGCGUUUGCUUUACUCAGAUUGCUUCGUAAAUGGGUGUGAUGCAUCGGUUCUGCUGGAUGGACCAUAUUCAGAGAAGACUGCACCGCAGAACAGAGGGCUUGAAGGGUUCGUUGUCAUUGACAAGAUCAAAGAGGUUCUUGAAAAACGCUGUCCGGGUGUCGUCUCUUGCGCCGAUGUCCUCAACCUUGCCACCAGAGAUGCCGUUCACUUGUCUGGUGGACCAUCCUAUCCAGUAUUUACUGGGCGACGAGAUGGCAGGUCAUCCAGCGCCGCCUCUGUGGAUCUACCGCCGCCCUCCAUCUCAUUGGAACAAGGACUAGCGUAUUUCAAAUCAAAGGGGCUGGACGAAGUGGAUUUUGUAACCCUUAUCGGGGGUGGACAUUGCGUGGGGCAAACUCAUUGCAGUUACAUAGAGGAUAGGCUAUACAAUUCCAGUAACUCCGGUAAGCCGGACCCAACCAUGAAAAAGUCAUUGUUAGACAAUCUAAGAAAGGAGUGUCCACCGAGCACAAGAAAGGAUCAAAGCGAUCCAUUGGUAUAUCUAAACCCAGAAUCUAAAAACGGUUAUAAACUCAGCACUUCCUGCUUCUCCAGAGUGCUGAAUUAUGAUGCUGUCCUCGGAGUUGAUCAGCAGCUACCCUACAGCAAUGAUACGUUGCAGAUUGUUCAGGAGUUUGCUGCUGGUUUUGAAGACUUCAGAAAAUCACUUGCUCUGUCAAUGAGUCGGAUGGGAGAAAUCGGUGUUCUAACCGGCAAGGAUGGAGAGAUUCGCAAGAAGUGUGGAUCCAUAAAUUAGGACAAUCCCAAAAAACACUGGAAUGGAUU